AUGUCAGGCUUUUGUAUCACAAAAGCAGGACGUGGCGGUGGCAGUGGCAAUAGCUGUGGCACAGGAACUAAAUGCGGGCGUUGGAAUCCUACUACCGAACAAGUUAAACUUCUAACUGACAUGUUCAGGUCAGGGCUUCGAACCCCAAGUACCGAUGAGAUCCAAAACAUCUCCACUCAGCUUAGUUUUUAUGGCAAGAUCGAGAGCAAGAACGUUUUUUACUGGUUUCAAAAUCAUAAAGCCAGGGAAAGACAGAAGCGACGCAGAGUUUCUGUUGAUGAGAAGGAUGUCAUGAUGCGUCGAGAUGACAAGUUUUCUUCUGCACAAUAUUUUACUGAGAUAAAUCAUGUGAAUGAACCAGAACGAGUGAUCGAGACUCUUCAACUUUUCCCUUUAAACUCUUUUGAUGAAGCGGAGCCAGAGAAGUUCAGGUUGCAAGCAAAUGAAUGCAAUGAAGCUGCAGCUGCAUUUUCUUAUAAAUUUGGUUCCGAAAUGGAUCUUCCACAACUAGAUCUACGAUUAAGCUUUCUGUAA